UCCCAGGGUGAUGAUCCUGAGGGAACAGCGGAUUCUUCAAACUGCCCCUUCCUUCCUGAACUGGAGCACCACUGUGUCUGAGCACAAUCAGUCAGAGCUGUGCACUGAGCGAUCGUUUCUUCCGAGAGCUACCUUUGAGAGAGGAGUUGUUCAGAAAUGUUCUUUAAUCCGGCCGUCCUGGUGCUGCUGCUGGUCAUUUGCUGUGCUUCCUCGCUGGGACCGAACUGUGCUUUCUACCUGAAGAGGAGUCUAAGUGGUGUUUUUCAUUAUGAUCAGAGGAUUCGAUAUUCACUUACUUUCACUGCUGCUAAACUCGCUUGUGAGCAGCACUUUGGUGCUGUGAUGGCAACAAGGGAGCAGCUUUACGCUGCCUACCUUGCUGGACUAGAAGAAUGCAGAGCGGGUUGGAUUUUGUCAGGAGAAGUUGUAUAUCCAAGGAUACACAGAAACUGGAAUUGUGGCCAAAAUAGAGUCGGUAUUAUUUCAUACGGAGUUAGGAAGAACCUUUCGGAAAAAUGGGAUGUGUAUUGCUAUAAACCUGGUGAUGACUGUUCUGCUUAUAAUAAGUCACUGCAUUCGGAAGAUGAUACUUCUGACAACAAAUCAGUGGAUCUGUUAUUGGGAUCAAUAAUGCCUUCUUCUUGGAAUAAUGUUUCCAAGAAACAAGAAAUUGCUAAAGCAGAGCUGACCCAGAUUCAAAAUAAAACAAAUCAUUUCCCAAAUGUGGUAAUACCAAGCUCUUAUAACAAACAGACUAAAGACCUACAUGACUCAGAAACGUUACCAUCAGCUAAUGUCACUUUAGAGGAAACCUCAACAGCUUCAUCAAUCAAUGGUUCAGAAAAGAACAACUUUAAGGAAUUGAUGAAACCCUUUUUAACUGAGAGCUUUAUUAGAAGUUCAGACAGUAAAUAUUUGCCACAAGUGGAACAAAGAGAUAAAAUUAUUUCAGCUUCUCAAUUAUGUGCAAAUUGGUCAAAGUUUGAAGUAAUGAACAACUCGACAAAUGAGACCGAAUACUAUUCAGAAAUGACAAACAGUUCAAUCGGUACUUCCUCUAAAAUAAACGUAGUGAGAUUGCAACUUCAGAAGGUAACUGUCGAUAAACCCAAAAACUCGAAAAGAGAUGACGAUUUGGGAUAUAACAACUUUAAAACCCCUCAAGUUUCACUUAGGCGUAAAAGUAGCCCUGAUAGAAGAGGCGUUCUGUCCAUGAAUACAUCCUAUCAACAUGAAAUCACAACUAUCAGGCACCAACCUCUUAAACAAACUCUCUUUAAUAAAGUUACUGUGACAGAAACAGAUCAAGAAAGUCUUGAUAUUUCAAAUGAAUUUCAAAACAAUACUCAAUCAGAAUUAACAAAUUUGUUGUUACUCACACAUUAUAACAAAUCCUUAUUUGAAGGUGAACAAGGUGGCUUGAGUGAACUGACAUCCACAGAAUUUUCUCAACAAGCAUUAAAACAUACUUCUUCAGUUUAUGAAGAUCAGCAAGAGUCUAUGGAGAUUAAUAGGUCCACAGUGACUCCUGAAUCUGCUAAAUAUGUGAUUACAAGUGAAGCUCUGCAGCCAAACAAUCAUUUGGUGACAGAAAGGCAAAAGUUUUCAUCUCAAGAAUUACCAGUAACAACAGUCUCAGUAGAAGCUAAUGACAAGUUAAGAAGGCCAGUGACAAAUACAUUUAAUACUGAGACAUUUCCACUUGUCACAAGUACUAUAGCACCAGGACUACCCUUGGAAGAGGCUAUUAUUGACACAAAUGAUUCACAUCGUCAAUCCAUCUCAACACACAAUGGAAACUCAUUGAAUAUAUUAGGAGAGUCCUUUUCAGCAUAUUUGGAAGAGAAAAAUGAACAUAUUGAUGCAAUUAACAGUACACAUUCAUUGGUGAAUGUGAAGAAGGUUGUUAUGAAAAUGGGGAAGAAUGAUAAAUCAAAUUUACCCUUUCAAUUUCAGGGAAAUUUUAAAGAAGGGGAAGUAGAUCUACUAGACACAGUUAAUACAAAAGGGAAAAAAGUUUUGGAAAAUGUUGUUAGGGGUAGUUCAGUCCACCAGCUGGCACCCACUAUGCAUCCGUCAGCUUCACAAAAUAUUGUGCCAAAAUUGGACAGUACUGCAUUGUCAGGGGUGAGCACUAAUGAUGAUAAUUUUCAUCCUAUCACACUUAAAGUAGAAGGCAUUUCAUAUCCUACAGAAAAGACACAGAACCAUCAAAUUGACUUAACUGGAGAUGAAACGACCUUUUCAAGAACAAAAAGUACUUAUGAGACGAUGAUGAAACAUCUGCAGAUAUAUGGCAUAGCUCUUCCACAAAAUGUGGACAAAAAAAUGCAGCUGGUUACAUCUAGUCAGGACGUAACAGAUUUUCCAGGGGCAUCCAGUACAAGCACACAUGUAGAGCCUAUUACAUUCAAAACACAAGACUUUUCACAAGCAGCAGUGUCCAGCAUAGACCCACCAGAAAAUGUCAAUGUAAAAUCAAACCUGUUUGUAAAUAAUGAUAAAGAAUCAUUUAGAUCCAGAGUGAAUGAUGGGAUUAAGCUACGUACACCAGUUACACACAAUUCAGGAUCACGAGCAAUAGUGAAUGCAGAAAGAAAUGUACAUAUAGAUGAAACCAGCGAAAUAAAUAUGUUCCAACCAACUGCUUACAGUACAGAUCACACAUCUGAACCGUUACUAACUGUAGAUAGUUCGCUCCUGUUCAGAGUAAGUACAUCCUUAGAUCAACUUCAGCAUUCCACAGACAGUGAAAGGAUGGAAUUCACCACAUCCAUUGGAGAAAGAACACUUCAACCAACCACAUCCAGUGGAAAUGCAAGAAUAAGUCAGAAGAAUCUGGCCUAUGAGAAAGAAAGCCGAAACAAAGGUAGUCUUCUUCAGACAGUCAUUCGCUCCCCAGGUGAUGUACCACAAUCCAUCACUUCUAAUGCAAAAGAUAAAACUCCUGUAAGUGUAACAAACACCAAGCAUUAUUUACACAUGACCAGAAAAGAUGGCAAAGUUCACUCUGCCAUUGACAAAGAUACAAGUACGCUCCAAGUAGCUACAACUAUCACUGAUAUCUUUGAGCCAUCGCUUGGUCUUAGCGAAGAGAGUGUAGUGCAGAAAAAUGCCUCUGAAAAUGUUCAAGAAGCCAUUGCACACACACUUACUGGAGUGUAUGGAGAUCAGGUUGUCAAAGGCACAGAAGGGGCACCAUUACCAAAAGAAGAAACUGGUCGAUACUAUGCAUCACAUUUAACUGAUGGAGAGACCCUUCCCUCAUUCCGUAGAAAAAGUGUUGCCAGUAUCACAGACAUUGCCACUGAUGUUUUGUCCUCAGCUACUUCAUCUAUAAGUCCUGUUACUAUGCAAAUGCCUACAGUGCAUUCACCAUUAAAUCUUGAAGACUUGUCCAUGUCAGCUUUUCCUGUCAUUACCACAGAAAUACCACCAAGGGGAGAUAAUGUACGUUCAUCUACUUCUUCAUUUUUAAAUCCAGCAAGCCUCAAAUCUCCUGGCGCAUAUGCGUCAUGUGGUGGUGUGAUGAGACAGACUGAAGGAAGAUUUCAGACACCACACUAUCCACAAUCCUACCCAAGUGACAUGGACUGCACCUGGGAGAUCGAAGCUCCUCUUGGAUAUCUCAUCCGUUUGGAUUUCACUUCUUUAUUCAUCGAAGAACACAGAACGUGCAAAUAUGAUUAUGUGGUUGUUUACGAUGGCAAAGGACCCAACAAAGUGGAAAUGGGCAGGUUCUGUGGAUCUGAAUUGCCACCACAGCUCCAGGGCUCUUCCAACAUAAUGAGCAUCACAAUGAGAUCUGACUCAUCGAUGGAACUAGAGGGAUUUUCAGCCCAGUUUAGCACUUUUCAAGUUCCAGAAGGUUACAUCCAUCUGGAUGGAAGAAACAAUAAAUAUGAUGGAAUAAUAAAAAUUAUGUCAAAUGGGCACUGGGGAGGAAUAUGUGCCAAACACUGGACCAAUAAAGAUGCCAUGGUGGUGUGCCGUCAGCUAGGCUUCAGUGGACCAGCUUUAGCAACAAGGGUUGAUGAGAGUCGGCAAAAUACUUCACAAACCGUUCCUUAUAUUAAUUGCAAAGGAGAUGAAAUGGAACUGCAGGACUGUAACAUCAAAAGGAUUGGUAAAUGUACGAGCAAUGAAGUUGCGGCAGUCACCUGCCAGGUAAUGGAAUCCUGUGCAGCCUUAAAAAAUGCAGGCAUUCUGAAGUCUGGGGUCUUCACCAUAGAUCCCGAUGGUGUGGAUGGUGGAGUAGAUCCUUUUCCAGUUGAAUGUGACAUGGCCUCUGACCCAGCAACAGGCAUUACUGUGAUAGGCCAUGAUUCAGAGGACCGAAUUCGCGUAUCGCCCUGUGAAGAUGCUGGGUGCUAUUCUCGAACUAUUCAUUACAAACAGGCAUCCCUGGAUCAACUUAAGGCUUUAACAGAGUCCGCAAAGUACUGUAAGCAAUAUGUUAGUUUGGAAUGCCGCCAUAUCCGUUUCCUUAAACAGCACUGGGGUUGGUGGGUGUCUCGUGAUGGGCGUAAAAUAAAUUCCUGGGGUGGAGCUUCAACUGACAGUGGAAAAUGUGCCUGUGGGGAGAAUGGCAACUGUGCCCUGGGUCUUUCCACAUGCAACUGUGAUGCAAAUGAUGGAGUUUGGAGACAAGACAAGGGAUAUUUGACAGACAAAGCUAUUCUUCCUGUACGCGAAGUGAGGUUUGGAGAUACAAGAGAUGCACCUGUAGAGAUGGCGUUUUACAAAAUCGGCCCACUUCAUUGUUUUGGACAGAGUUCCCAGGUUUCAGUGCUGGAGUCGUGUGCUGCGCUGAAAAAGGCCGGGUUCCAGGAAUCACGUCAUUACGUCAUUGACCCAGACGGAAUUGGAAGAGGAGUUUCACCAUUUGAAGUUUUCUGUGAUAUGACCUCUGACCAAGCAACUGGUAUAACCAUAGUGAGUCAUGAUAGUGAAAGACGUACAAGAGUAGCUCCUUGUGAGGAUCCUGGUUGCUACAGAAAAGAGAUCAAAUAUGAAGCGGAGCUGAAUCAGCUGAAUGCUCUCACAAGCAUUUCUGAAUCCUGUGAGCAACAUGUCAAGCUGGACUGUCGCCAUAUUCGCUUCAUCCAAGCAGGCUGGGGCUGGUGGACAUCCUGGGAUGGAAGGAGAAUGUUCUACUGGGGAGGUGCAAGUCCAGAUAGUGGUCGGUGUGCUUGUGGAAUGACAGGAUCUUGUUCUGUCCCAGGAAUGCUCUGCAAUUGUGAUAUCAAUGACCACAUUUGGAGAACAGAUGAAGGAAUGCUAGAUGAUAAAUCAUCACUGCCCGUCCGAGCCGUAAACUUUGGUGAUACCAAUGGCGCACCAUUAGAGAUGGCCUUUUAUACUAUAGGAAAGCUCAUGUGCAAAGGACAAGCUGGGAGAUAGAAGAUCGACUAAUCAUUGAGAAGGCAUUGUUAUGGUCGACCCAAAGAUUGUUAAUUUGUCAGAUCCUUUGUUCCCAGCCAAGAGAGAAAUGGAAUUUAUGUAAGAGUUUGAAAAUAAAGAUUGAUGCAGUGUAAGCUUGAACAUUAUUAAGUCUAUGUAUAU